AUGCCCAUGCCGGUUAAUUCCUACAACCUGAAAAAUGGCAUCCAAGCAGGCGUGAAGGGGAGCAGGCAUAGCUCUGGACCACCUAUAAGCAUCGUUGGAAACCGACUAUACCGCAAGCAACACACUCCCGAUACACCACCCGCAAAGCAGACCCCGAGAACACCUUUAGAUGAUGAUGACAUCCACUGCGAACCCAAAGGCUCGAGUGAUGAGGAGCUAGCGUCAGAUGACGCCGCCGCAGAGUUUGAGACAUACCACCCCACGCGAUCGCGCCAUGCUAAGAUUCAUCCACCACGAAAGAACCCCCCUCGAGUAUUGGUGCAGAAAGAACAGAGGUCAGACAAAAGAACCGACAAAAGAUCUGCUGAUGCGGAGGCUGCAGAGUCGAUGGUCGAGACGAAGGGCGAACAUGAGGGACAGGAUAACGGCUCACGCGAUGAAGGGAACGAUCGAAUGAACGAAUUCCAAUGGAGCCAAGAGAGCAAUGACAGGAAGAGGAAACGAGAAGUCUCAUAUCGUACUAAAAGCACCAAUAUCCAUGCGCUCCAGCCAAAGACAUCAUUGAAGAAGGAAAGAUCAGACAGCCCGGAGGAAUCAGAUAGCGCCAAGGGUCCGUCCGGAUGGAUAGCACCCCCGGUUGGAGCACGAAAGUCAGAGAAGCUUACGUUUAAGCGUCCUUCAGGUGCGGCUAAGAAGGAAUCUCAUGAAUCAGACAGCAGCGCGCACAGCUUCAAAGAUACGGCAAGCGCUGCAAAGUUUCGUAAACCUAAGAAGAACAAUACAAUCCCUAAAGAAGCUCCCUUUGUCCAGCCACGCGGUCAAUCAACGGCAGAUGGAAACGCUGCUUCCUCUGCAUUCAGAUUCCCCAGCGGGAUACCGACUCCAGACUCCUCCCUCGGCUCCCACCAGGAAAGAGAUGAUCGCGGCAAGAGGCGCAGUGCACGGACAGCCAAACGUCCUACCAAGGACGACAGGACACCCGUGCAAGACUUUAUAAUACCGACCUCACUCACAGGUGACAACAUCAAAACUCUUCUGAACGAAACGAGUCACAUGCUGGAGAAGCCAUAUCCUAAACCAGAUACAGGUCCGGAUCGACCCAGCUCUCCUCUUACCUCCGUCCCAGACUCUCCCAUUAUAUCCCCUGCAAAAUCCAUAGCAGAUCUCACCAAGCUAUCCGACGAGGACAAUGCUCCCGCUAUAUGCCCAAUGUGUCGUGAUCCCGUUGACCCGGACCUCCUUCGGUCCUGGACGGUAGGGAAACCUCGCAUGGCCCUCCGCGAACAGAUCCAAUUCUGCCGCGCCCACAAGCAGCAUGAAGCGGAACAGACUUGCAUCCAGCGCGGCUACCCCCCCAUCAACUGGGCUCGCUUACCUACCCGCAUGCGGCGACACAACGCAUUCAUCGAAAGUAUCCUGGAGCAACGCGUCCCCUCACACUUCCGCGACCGGCUAGCCGAGAAAGUCUCGAAAGGCGAAAAUAGAAGCCUGAUGCAAACGCUCAAGUCCGGCGCCUCCGAGACUCUGACCCCCGGGUAUUACGGGCCGAAGGGGGCGAGAGUCAUGAUGGACCACAUCACCAAGACCUUUUCGGCGGCGAUACGGACGAGAGCGGGGAGCGAUAGGCUGAUUGCAUCUGGGGGUGUUUCGGGCUACAUCCAAGCUGUGCUUGUGCCUGAGCUGGCGACGAGGCUUGUCAUGGAUGAUAUGGGUGUUGGUGAGGCGAGGGCGAGGGAGGUGCUUGCGGAGAGUAUUGAGAUUGGGGAGCUGCUUAAUGAGCAGGAGCAGGAUAGGGUUAAGGUUGAGGAUGACGAUGAGGAUGGUGGUAUGUACGAGUGA